UAAAUAAGGACACGAGAUUCAUAUUUUUAACAUUGUCUGUUGUAUCAAAGGUGAUUUGUAGGAGCCAUGGCCCGUACCAAGCAGACAGCCUGUAAAUCUACUGGAGGCAAAGCCCCACGUAAGCAGCUGGCCACCAAAGCUGCCUGCAAGAUCGCCCCUUCUACUGGUGGGGUCAAGAAGCCCCAUCGCCACAAGCCUGGUACGGUGGCCCUGCAUGAGAUCCGUCGGUACCAGAAGUCCGCUGAGCUGCUGAUCCGCAAGCUGCCCUUCCAGCGCUUGGUGAGAGAAAUCGCUCAGGACUUCAAGAAUGACCUGCCUUUCCAGAGUGCAGCCAUUGGUGCCCUGCAGGAGGCCAGCAAGGCAUACCUUGUUGGUUUGUUUGAGGACACCAACUUGUGCAGCAUCCAUGCCAAGCGUGUCACCAUCAUGCCCAAAGACAUCCAGCUGGCCCGUCGUAUCCGUGGGGAGCGCGCUUAGAUGCCUCCCUAAUUUACGUGUCCUCAAGCCGUCUUUCCCGCCCUUCCCA